CGGAAGUGUCAAUUUGAAAACUCGUCUGAUUCUUACUUGACAGCGAAACACUUGCUUUCUUGACGAAGCAAAUACUAUUUUAUCACAACAUUAAUGUGUGCGGAUCGUUUCUUUAAGCUUUCUGAGUUGCAUUCGCGAUCGGACUGCAUUGCAGUGUCGCUAAACAUGUGAAGCGCUGAUGCCAUUCAUUAAACGCAAUAGCAUUUUGUCAGUGGUUUGUAGCUACACAGCAAUCAAGAAGACUCUUUUUUUGUUACUUAUAGACUUAUAAACUUGUUUGUUACUUUUGUUACUUUGUUUUUGUUACCUUCUAACCGUAUCGAUGUCCUAACGUGGAGUCUCUAUGGUGAAUUUCUUAGGGUGUUGUUCUUCAUGAAAAACUAUUAAAGAACUCGGUUUGCGGUUGACAUUUUAGUGAUUAGAUAUAAAUGAAUGGUUGGUAUUACCAUACCAGUAAUGUUUGUUAACAUAAUACAGCUCGAUAGUGUAAAUGCACGAGGAUAUAGUAACACUAAUCUCCAUAGUGGCGAGUUGUUUCUUAAUUCCUGGCGAAAUUAGAUAAAAAGUAAAUCUACCAAUUCCUUCUAAAAACAGAUCGAUAUUAACCAUCUUUGGUAGCAUUUAAACACAAUGAAAGUCCGCUCGUCGGUGUUUGCCUCUCUUUGCCUGAUAUUGGAAAUAUGUGGCAUUGCACUUUUCCUACGAGGAUUUUUUCCAGCGCCGGUCAAGUCGUCCUUCACCCUGAAGAGUAAACUGUCUGACCAGCCAGCCGAGCCUGGUCCAGCAGAUGCAGGCAACUCUUCAAAGGUGCCCCCUGCCCUCUUUAACCGGGUGGUGGUGCUGCUGAUCGACGCCCUCCGGGAGGACUUUGUGUACGGGGCCAAAGGCCGGCGCUUCAUGCCGUACACCAGGAGCCUGAUUGAGAGGGGCUCUUCAUUGAGCUUUGUGGCCAAAGCCAGACCUCCUACUGUCACCAUGCCUCGCAUCAAGGCCCUGACGACGGGCAGCAUCCCAGGCUUCAUCGACGUGGUGAUGAACCUGAACUCUGCGGCCCUGCUGGAGGACAACCUCAUCUGGCAGGCCCGGGAGGCCGGCAAGAGGCUCGCUUUCUUCGGUGACGACACCUGGCUGCGCCUCUUCCCCAAACACUUCAAGCUGUUUGAUGGCACCACCUCCUUUUUUGUCUCUGACUACACAGAGGUGGACAACAAUGUCACCCGCCAUCUGGAUGCGGUUCUCAAGUGGCAUGACUGGGAUAUCCUGAUCCUUCACUACUUGGGCCUGGACCACAUCGGGCAUCUGAGUGGUCCUCACAGCUCACUGGUGGGACCCAAGCUGAUCGAGAUGGACGACGUCCUCAAGAAGAUCCACACCUCCCUCAUCUCUGAGGAGACUGAAGGGAUCCUGCCGAACCUGCUCGUCCUUUGUGGGGAUCACGGCAUGUCAGAGACGGGGAGUCACGGGGGGUCGUCGGAGCCGGAGGUGAACACCCCGCUGGUCCUUCUCAGCUCAGCCUUCGGCAGGAAAGCUGGCCUGGAGAAGCCGGAGCCCGUGGAGCAGGUGGACCUGGUGCCGACGCUCGCCCUGGGCCUGGGGCUGCCCAUACCGCAGAACAACGUGGGCCGUCUGCUGCAGUCCGCCUUCCAGGGCACGCCGCUGCGGCAGCAGCUCCGUUACCUCCACCUGAAUGCAGUGCAGCUCAGCCUUCUGCUGAAGGACAGCUCGCCUCACUUCCACAAAGAGGAAGGCCACGAGCUGUUCCGCGUGGCGCAGAAGUCUCACGCCAACUGGGUGAAGCUGUACCUGGAAGGUAACGCUUCGGAGGUGCUGCUCAACGUGGGCAAGAAGGUCCUGAAGCAGUACCUGGACGCACUGAAGGCCAUGAACGCGGCACUCAGCCGGCAGCUGGGGAAGUACGACAUGUACUCCAUGGUGCUGGGCAUGGUGCUCAUCCUACAGGUGCUGCUGCUCCUCCUGCUGGCCAUGCCGGAGGCACUGAGCGGUGCAGCGGAGGUGGAGCUCCUCUUAGGCCCCUCCCUGCUCUCGCUGCCCUUCUUCCUGCUCUGCCUGCUGGCGGUCGCCGUGCACGUGCUGGUGUGCACGUCGGUGGGGGCCCUCUGCUUCCCCUGCAACCUGCACUGGGGGGUUGCCAUCGUCCUCUUCACAGCCGCCUCGGCUGGCCUCUGCCUGCUCCUCGGCCUGGCCGCCCGGAGGCUGGCCCCCACGGGACGCCCCGCCACAAAGAGUGCCGGCGACUCGGGCCGCUUCUCGGAGCUGGACGUCCUGCUGCUGGCGGGGUCGGUGGGCCACACGCUCAGCUUGGCGGCCAGCAGCUUCAUCGAGGAGGAGCACCAGACCUGGUACUUCCUGCUCAACACCCUCUGCCUGGUCGUCUUCCAAGACGUCUGCCGCAAGUACUUCCGGGAGAAAAGACCCCCGGCGGAUGACGGAGCCUUGCUGGCCCCCCACGACAAACCGGCCCAUUCCAGUUCCUCGAACAGGAAGUGGCUAGCCCUGACCACGCCCCUCAUAACCCUAACUUCCUGCCGCCUCCUCCGCUCCCUCAAUCAGACGGGGGUGCAGUGGGCACACCUGCCCGACCUGGGACACUGGCUCACCAGCUCGGAACACAAGGGGGCGCUGUCCCUGCUCGCGGCUGGCUCCCUGCUGCUCGUCUUCAUCCUGGUCCAACGCCGCUGCUCCCUGGUGUCCAAGAUAGCCCUGGUCCUCGGCCUGCUGGGAGUGUACAGUUACCGGGCAGCCGUGGGCAACGUGCUGUUCCCAUGGCAACAGGAUGGUCGCGACCUCUCUAAGGGCGUCCUGGAGGCGCGCUUCGUCUACGUCUUCGUCCUCGGCAUCCUGUUCACAGGCGCCAAGGACCUCCUGCGCUCACAGGUGGCCGUGGCGGAUGGCGGACUGAGGAGCAGGGGAUUGUGGGAGGUGUACGCCGGCCUGGUGCUGCUGGCUGCCCUAGUCUCGCGACCCCACAACCUGCCGGUGCUCUCUGGCUGCCUGCUGAUCCAGGUGGCCAUGACCCGGUUCAUCUGGAGGGACCUGCAGUACGACACAGCGCAGGUCACCAUCAUGCACUAUUGGUUCGGCCAGGCCUUCUUUUACUUCCAGGGUAACUCCAACAACAUCGGCACGGUGGACAUCUCAGCAGGCUUCAUAGGACUGGAGACCUACGUGGAGGCGCCGGCCUUCCUGCUGACGGCCUUCAGUACCUACACCGGGCCCCUGCUCUGGACCUUCCACCUGGCAUGGUACCUCACCUCCCGGCAGGACAGCAGAGCUGUGCCCUCAUUGGGCCACGGCUGCUUCUGCCUGGCACUGCUGCGCUCCAUGCCGGCGGCUGCCUACAUCAUCAUGGUCACCGCCCUGCGCUACCACCUCUUCAUCUGGAGUGUCUUCUCCCCCAAGCUGCUGUACGAGAGCGCCCACACGCUGGUGAUCACCGUCGUCUGCCUCUUCUUCACUGCCAUGGACCAGAAGCCCACCAUGCGGCUCUAGGGAUGGGGCACAGCUCACAGGACGGAGGGUGCCCCCACCCGUCGCGGUCCCACAAGCUUCCUGCUUGUACCAAAACCUCAUCCCAGACUGGAGAGAGCCCCCAUGGAUCCUCCUUUACCCUUUCUACCCCCUUCAGCAACGGUGAAGGUCCACUAAUGUGCCCCCUGGUCAGACACCAGUCAGUACAAUGCAGCAAAUUUGGCACAUCACAGUCCCAUACACACACACACACACACACACAUAUGUACAUUUAUAUACACAUAUAUUUAUAUAUAAUACACACACACAUACACAAAGAGCUGAAAUGGAUGUAGAGGAGUACAUCUGGUAAAAUUAUAACCAAAACAGCCCACCAAAGCAAAUGUGAUUUUAUUUUUUCUUCCUCUGUUGACAUUAUGCAAUAUUUAUAAUAAUAUUCACCCAGCACAAAAGUUCAGAUUUCCCCCAUAUGUUCUUAUUUGGCAGUCAGGAUAGGCUCCUUCGUGUUUAAUGCGGUGAUUAUUCAUACAGACUCGCCUGUGCUCUUAACACCGCUGAAAAGGGCAGUCUGCAGCCCAAACUGUCUACGCAGUCUCCAAAAGUAUAGGGAUCUAUAAGCAUUUAUGUGAAGGUGUAUAUUUUAUGUAUGUAUUUAUUACUGUGAGAGAAUUAUUCGGCAAUAAUUGGGGGGGGGGGCAGGUUUUCUCAAGGGCGAAGUGGGGAGAGCGGCAUGAAUUUCAUGCGGAGGCUGGACACGUAGCAGCUGCCUGCUGGCCAGCAUGAAUGCAGGAGUCGGCCAGUGUUCCCCACUGGCCUGUGUUUCAGAGACUCUGGAACCAUCCAUGGGCCUUGUUUCACACAGGCAACUCAACAGACUCCUGCACCCGUUCGUUUACUCAUUUCCGUUGGGUUGCUCUCAGAUGUUUUUCCUGGUCUGUCUUCUGUCUCCGGCUUUGAGGCUUGUGAGAGGUGAGUGGGGCCACAGUCUGUCUCCCCUACCUGCCCCAGGGCAUUGAUUAGUCUUUGAUUAGUUGUCUCCUCUUGGCUGUGGAAAAGCAGCACUGUCUACUAAGUUGAAGCAGGUGGGCAGUGGCUGACGUUAUCUGGGCUUGCUGCGCUUACAAUAGCGGUUAGCAGCCAUGGUUUGCAGUUAGCGACAGCUGUUAGUGGUUAGCGACUGCAGUUAGCAUUUAGCAGUUAGCAGCCAGAUUUUUCUGUGCAGGACCUGCACCGUGUACGUUGAUGCCAGUUGCGGCCGUCUCUGUCUUCCAUACCUAAAACUCGAAAGGGCUACAAUUGACGGAGAUAUUUCUCCGAGCACCGAAGCACCAUUAAUGUCAUUGUGUGCGUUUUCAGAAACAUAAUAGACAGGGAACAUUUUGAGCACAACUGCAAGUCGUAAGGGGGCCCUCUGUCUGGCUUCUGUCAAGUGAGUGGAAGCGAGGGAGCAGAGAGUGUGCUUUACAGUCCCGGACGUGUCCAUUUAUCAUUGUCUAAAUGCGUAGCGCAGCCCUGUUCUGUUAUGGCAUUGUUUUUCGGAAUUCCUUUAUAUAAUCCAUAUUUUAAUAAGUUCUUGUUUUUCUUUGGGUGGAAGUGUUUGUUUUGCGAUUAGCAUUUCCCACGGUGCAUCUUAACAAGCCCCGCCCCCGCAUAAUGACCCCAACCAAUCAGAGGAGCAGCACACUCCACUCCUGCCGGCAUGUCAGGCGAAAUUAUGGCAGCAUCAGGACGCCUCUGCCUCCGAGCCAGCAGGCAGAGGCGGGCAAGAUUUAGCUCCCUGUAGCCUAGAAAUACGUCAUUGUUGAAAGGAUGCAAUCGGGGCGGGAGGGGGGGUGAAAUUCCCCGCCAUUAAAGCGACGCCCCACGGAGCACCAUGCCGCGAUGCCCGCGGGGCAGCAAGUGCAAGCCGCCAACUCAUUGUACUCAAGGUCCAUUCCUGCCACCCAAGUACCAGUUUAUUGAGUACAUUUGCAUAUGAUAGAGGCACUAAAGUCGGAGUAAUCAUUUCACAGCGUAGCCACACGGGUGCUGUUGACGGCCCACUUCCUCCGGAGGGGGUUUUAAGAGGACUGACGUCCGCCUCGAUCACCGGCAUUUGGGUGGUCAUCAAAGGAGCAACAGACUGGAGUAGAGGAAGUCAUUCCAUUCUCUUGCCUUUAAACCGAGAGGGUAUGAGGCUUGUGAGGGGAGGGGGGGGAAGUGAAAAAGCUGCGGUUGAUGACGGAGCAUCCAGAAAUUUCUGUCACGCUAAUGCAAGAUUGGCCCCGGACAGGAAGCCCGCGUUCAAGAUUCUCCAUUAGUGUUCAUUUUGCGAUCAGAUCCAGGAAGUAUUUGCUCAAGUCACCCCCUCAACAUAGCAUGCUUCCAGAGCUUUCUGUUACCCAUCAGUUUCCAUGAUGUCCCAACUGGCUGGGCUGGGCUGGGCUGGGCUGGGCUGGGCUGGGGAGUGGGAGGGCUCUGAGGCUGAGGCUUGGCUGUAAGGUCCGGGCUCUCAAAUGGCUGCAGCUUUAAUCAGUCUCUGCACCUUUUUUGGGGCAUUUUUCGUUUUGUUGUUUUCCAGCUGGGUUCUGUGUGCUCCCGUUUGUGUUUGGGCUUUUCUUUGUUGUGCGUGUCGCCGUUUUUUUAUCUGUUGUUUGCGUCAACUUUAUUCUCUGUUCCUUUUUUAUUUUCACAGUUUAUCAUUUUCCAGUGGAACACUCUAGGAAAAUAUUUUAUUGUGUUUUUUUUCUGCGUUGAUAUGUAAUGAUCGAGAGCGUGGGGUCCAUUCCUUCCCUCCAUAUUGAUUUAUACAUUUAAUUUAAUGUCCUGUUUGGGGUUUAUGAGAUAUUGUUUUGAACAAUGACAGUUUGUUUCCUGUACUUCUCGCAUUUCGCCCUCAGAUCAGAUACCAGAAAUGCUGUGGUUCUUCACUACGAAUAAAAUGACUUGACUUUCACAA